CUCUGAAAAAAAUGUUAUAUGACAGCAUAUAAAGUUAUGUUGUUAGUUUAGCUGGAAAAUAAUCACAGUUGGGAAGGAGAAUGUUUAUUCACGGAGAAGUUGGCAAAAUAAUCACAUCGGCUAACGCAAAAGUUUCAGCGCUUGUGGACUUGCGUGGGCAAUGCGAUUUCGUUAACCACAAAAGAUGAAACUUCACAAGAUUUCCUCCUCCGCGGGAGAUAAAACGUUGUAAAAUGCAGAUGCGCCUAUAAAGUUUAAGAGUGUGUCAUGCUUGGCAAGAGAAGGGGACUGGGUGGAUGUCUGCCUGGUGUGAAAUAUCCUGCGUGCGUGAGUGCGGAACAGCAGUGAGGUAUAGAGACUGCCACGGCUGCAAGAAAUUUGAUCUGUUGCGGCACCGGGAGCCCGAUUCUCCGCCUCUAAGCUCAGACUCGCGCUGGGUCUGCCAGACUUAAACAACGUCUCGCCUCAGUUACAGGAGCUUUACCUUCACAUGCAGUUCGACCCUGAAAUGUUCGCGAUCACCAAGAGGUACCUGUAAUUCUGCACAGCGUUUCUGCGUUGGUCGCUGUCAUACAAUUCUCAGCGGGUUUACAUUAUGGAACUUGCAACGAACUUAGAAGGAAAGAGACUUCAGCCAUUUCUUGGACUGAGGAACUGACGUUUUAGAUUCACAGAGUCUGGGCGCCAUGGCAACCCUGCUGUGGAUGGCCGUGUCCCUGCUGCUGGCGGCCCAGCUGAGCGGGGCGGUGCGGACCUGUCACCCGGGCUGUCGCUGUGAGGUGGAGAGCUUUGGCCUGUUUGACAGCUUCAGUCUGACCCGGGUGGACUGCUCCGGCCUGGGUCUGGGGCUUGGGGGCGCCGCCCAGCCCGUGUCCAUCCCGCUGGACACGUCCCAUCUGGACCUGUCCUCCAACGAGAUCAGCUCCCUCUCCCGCGGCCUGCUCUCUGGCCCCGGCUACACCACGCUGGCCAGCCUGGACCUCAGCUCCAACCAGCUGCAGACGGUGGAGGCCAACGCCUUCUCGCGCCUGCGCUACCUAGAGAUGCUGGACCUCAGCCACAACGCUCUGGAGGGCCUGGCCGAGGGCUGCUUCUCGGGCCUGCCGCUGACCGAGCUGGACCUGAGCGGCAACCGCCUGUCCGCGCUGCGUCUGGGCGCCCUCUCUGCCCCGGCCCUGCAGAGCCUCACUCUGGCGGGGAACCGGCUGGCUGCCGUGCCCAGCCUGGGGGGCGUGGGGCUCCGCUACCUCAGCCUGGACUCCAACCCCAUUGCCGAAAUCCCCGAGGGCGCCUUCGCCGGGCUGGGGGAGCUGGUGCACCUGUCGCUGACCGGCCUGUGGGACCUCACCGCCAUCCGGCCCGGAGCCUUCCGGAACCUGCGCAGCCUGCAGGUGCUGGACCUGUCCGACGCCCCGCGGCUCACCCAGCUGGAGCCGGAGGUGUUCCGCGGGCUGGGCGCCCUGCAGGAGCUGAUCCUGUCCCGCUCUGGUGUGGUCUCGCUGCCCCAGAACAUGCUCACCCACCUCCCCAGCCUGCGCAGCCUGACCCUGGGGACCGACAUCCACUGCUGGAAGACCCACAGGCAGGGCCAGCUCCACAGGGAGCACGGCCAGGGCAAGAGCGACCUGGUGCUCACCUGCAAUGUCGCUGCCGUCAUGUUGUGAGGUCAUCGAGAGGGACUCAUCUGCGCAUUUUCCCCAAACGCUCUUAUGCUGAAGAAAGUAACUUUUAUUUCAGUUCUGUUCCUGCCAAACUUGAGCAUUGCCUUGUGUGAUGUACUGUUUGCAUGUAAUUCCACAAAGACUAAAAUGAUGUAUCUUUGCACAUACUCCCUUUAAAAACAUGCCUCCCAGGCAGAGACCAGAGCCACAGUCUCACUGAAGCCAGAAAACUAAUCAGCCAAUGCAUUAUGGGUAUUCUGGAGGAAAUGAGGUCCUGUGUCAUUAAUACUGAAUGUUGAGCAAUUGCUGUUGCACACGAUUCUUCUUAAUGUGAAACAUACUUGUUUAUUGUUCAAGCCCCAAACUGUAAUGGUAUUAAUUUAUUGAUGAGGUAAAAGUGUUUGCUUUUGCAGAGCAGUGUGUACAUACCAACUUUGAUAAAUGUAAACAGUCCUUCCGAAAUGGAAUAGCAAAACCGUGUUUAGCAUUUAGCAUAUUAGCAUAUUUCCACUGAAGUGUGAGUUAAGAGCAGUUGUCAUUAAUGCACUAGACACCAAGAAUCUGUGGCGUUUCAAGCAACGUUCUAAAGGGUUCAUCGCAGUGGCAUUAACUGGAAGCACACAUAAUAAAAGCACUCAGUUUAUGCAA